AUGAGGAUCCUGUGUCUCCAUGGUGUUGGCAGCUCAGGCGCCAUUUUCGAAGCGCAGAUGGCAAAUUUACGGCGCGAACUGGAUCCCAGCUUUGAGCUCGUCUUUGUAGACGGACCGUUCGAGUGCGAGCGAGGGCCUGGCGUCUCGAAAUACCGGGCCGGCCCGUUUUUUUCUCAUACCCAAGGCUAUUCUCCUCUUCACAUAGCACAAGCGGUCGAUUUGUUGCAGGACCUCCUCGAAGACGAAGGACCCUUUGACGGCAUCUUUGGGUUUAGCCAGGGCGCAGCGUUGACGCUGUCAUAUCUCUACCAGCAGCAGGCAGCCGCCAACCCACUAGGAGUCAGGUUUGCAUGUCUCUUCUCAACGGCCAUGCCGUGUAGCCCCGAUGUGGGCAUGGGGGAUACAAUAAUAUCCAAGUUGCGAGCUCUGGAAUACGACAUCAUGGAUCGAGCAAAGUGCAACGGCAAAGACCUGGCGAUCGCAGAGCAAGAGUUUGUAGAUGUACUACAGCAGACAAUUGUUGACGCCGCUAUCCACGAUUCGCAUUUCCCGUGGGUCGACAUGGACGUAUAUCGAUACGGGGAGCGCGAUACUAUUCCUCGCGUGAUGUAUCCAUCACUACUAGCACAAAAGAUUGAAAUCCCAACUAUCCAUGUGUGGGGUCAGAACGACUUCGAGUAUAUGAUCAAAAUGGCCGAAGUGGCCCACAGCAUAUGCGAGGAGUCUAUGUCAAAAACGGUUUUACAUAGUGGGUUGCACGAUCUACCAAAGAAACAGACUGAGAUCAAAGCUGUACUUCGAAAGAUCGACUGGGCUAUAACUCAGGCAUAG